AUGGAACGAAGAAAAUCGACAACGCCAUCUUCUGCGAUCCCGAUCGCCAGCAUUGCUUACCCGACCCAGGAGCCAGAGACACCCAGACGGCCUGUUCUCGAAACCCGGCAAGUAAAAGUCAAAACUCGAGGUCUCUGUAAUCCACCAAAUGACGAUGUGCGAGAUGGAGUCAAGGGAUAUGCCGAAGUUCCAGUGCCGGAAGCUGCGGACAAGUCGAAAGAGGUCACAUUUAAGCUGAAAGACCGCGCUUUGGAAGUGUUCCGCACCAUAUUCUACACCGAAGACCCGAACGAUCGGCAGGGUGAAGUCGACUGGAAAGACUUUCUCCAUGCUAUGACGAAGGUAGGCUUUGCAGCGGAGAAGCUCUAUGGUUCUGUGUGGCACUUUACGCCUGCAGAAGGAUCGGACUUCAGCCGAAGCUUCCACGUGCAUCAACCACAUCCAGACACCAAGAUUCCACAUGUUAUGGCGAGAAAUAUUGGUAGGAGACUGACACAUACGUAUGGAUGGACUGCGAGAGAUUUUGGCAAGGCUUGA